CAAAUAAUCACAAAGAAACAUUCUCUCACAUUAUUUCUCCUACCGGUAGCCAGCUAAUACCAAACCCAACUAUAUAUUUCAGCACCACCAUGGCGAACACACACACAGGUUUCGAGGACGACGACAUUGUGAAUGAGGUCGAUGUGGAUUCGUACGUGAAACCCAAUAAGAAGGUAGACGACAAUGACAAAGACAAUGACGAUGACUCUCUUGCAUCUCUCGUGUCGGACGACCUGGAUGCCACGACCGGUGCCACUGAAACUUCUACCGAAGAUCCUAGUGAUAACAAGCAUGAGAUUGGAGGCGACGAAAGCGCUGCGGUCUUCAAGCAACGUCUCGUGGUCUUUUUGAUUCUCUUUCUGGCAGCCCUUGGUGUGUCUCUCACCGUUUACUUUCUCACGGCCGCCGCCGAGCACGCCGAGUUUGAAGCGCAGUUCGACAGCACGGCGCAAAAAGUCAUUGACUCGUUUCAGGACAUUGUGGUGCAAAAGUUCAGUGCCUUGGCGUCCUUGUCGGUUUCCUUUACGGCAUAUGUGCGCUCUCAACAGCAAAGUGGAGACAUGGAGGUAGCAUGGCCGUUUGUCACGAUCAAUGACUUUCAUCAACGAUCGGCCACGGCCCGGUCACUCUCCGAUGCACUCAUGAUUCAGUUGCUCCCGGUGAUUGAUCAAGACAAACGUAUCGCUUGGGAAGAGUAUUCCAACAACAAUACCUACUGGAUGCAAGAAGGUCUGGUCUAUCAGCAAGCUUUGGGACUCGGACUCGAUAAAGAUGGCAGCAAGAGACUUCUCGAGGAAGACAAGGAAGAAGAAGAAGAAGAAGCACCCAAGCUAGAACUCACCAAUGAUGAGACGGAUGAAAUUACAUUCGCCACGGGCGUGGCCAAUGUGAUUUACGACUAUUCCCUCGAAGGUGUCAUGAGUCCCAGUCCGCCCCGGCCCCAAUACUUUCCCCUCUCACAAUUCUCUCCCAUUAUUCGAUCAUCCCCCGGAAACUUUGACUACGGAUUCCGCAUGAGGGCGGCAUACGAGCACUCCAAGCUAUUCAUUGGGCCCAUUUAUACGUACGGCCCGGCCACCCCCGAUUCCGCGGAUCCACGCGCCGCGUUUUACGCGACGCUGCUCACGUUUGCGGCCGGCGAGCCUACCAUGUACAUGGGAGAUCCAACGUCGCAGAUUUUUGUGCCCGUCUUUGAGCAUUACGAGCAAGAUCGGGGCACCGAGAAGCCCGUUGCCUUUAUUGCGGCCUACAUCAUUUGGGGAACCUACUUUAAGGACAUGCUUUCUCCCAGUGUCGAGGGUGUCAUUGUGGUCCUGGAGAACCCAUGUGAAGGGGCUUUCACUUAUAUGCUCAAUGGACCCAAUGCUACCUUUCUGGGAAAUGGAGAUCUUCAUGAUCCAAAGUACCACAAGUAUGGAAGGACGGCAAUGUUGGGGGAUCUGGGCGAAACUGCCCAACGAGCCCUCCUGGGACUCGGAUUGUAUCAAGAAGAAUGCCCCAUUGGCAUUCGGGUCUAUCCAUCCGCAACUUUUGAAGACAACUAUCAGAGCAACCUCCCCAUCCUUGUGACCAUGGCCGUCGGACUCGUCUUUGUCUUUACGGCCGCCAUGUUUCUACUCUACGAUCGGCUUGUGGAACGCCGACAAGACGUCGUCUUGAGCUCCGCGACACAGUCGUCUGCCAUUGUCUCCAACCUCUUUCCAGAAUCCAUUGCCGAAAAACUCAUGCAAGCGGAAGCGGACAAACAGGCUGCGAAAAGUGGCCAAAAGCAUGCGUUCCGGUCUGCGACAGUCCGUCUUCAAAGCUUUUUGGAUGGUGAUGACGAAGGAACCCAACUAGCAGAUCUCUUUUUGGAUUGCACUGUCAUCUACUGUGAUAUCGCCGGAUUCACCGCCUGGAGUUCCACCCGUGAUCCCAGUCAAGUCUUUACGUUGCUCCAAACCAUCUUUCAAGCCUUUGAUCAAAUUGCCACUCGAAAUAGAGUGUUCAAGGUCGAGACGAUUGGGGAUUCGUACGUGGCUGUUACCGGAAUCCCAAAGCCCCAAAACAAUCACGCCAUUCUCAUGGCACGAUUUGCACAAGAGUGCUUGAAUAAGUUCAACGUUCUCGUGAAAAAACUCGAAGUCUCUCUGGGACCCGAUACCGCGGAUCUCGCCAUGCGGUUUGGAAUCCACAGUGGGCCUGUGACUGCCGGAGUCCUGAGGGGAGAACGUAGUCGUUUCCAGCUCUUUGGAGACACCGUGAACACGACGGCUUGCAUUGAAAGCACUUGCCGUCGCAAUGCCAUUCAAGUGUCGGAAGCAACGGCAAAACUCUUGAUGGCGGCCAACAAGGGACACUGGCUUACCAAACGCGAGGACGUGGUAAAUGCCAAAGGAAAAAUUGGCCUUGUGACGUAUUGGCUCGCUGUCCGCAGACGAGGUGGUGGUGGAUCAAGUGUUGUUUCCGACAGUGAAGCCAAUGUCUAUGCUAUUGAAGAUGAACUGAAGGAAACGACCAAACAGUCGCGACUGAUCGACUGGGCUACAGAUCUCCUCGUCGGUCAUUUGAAAGCCAUCGUGGCCAGAAACCAGGCAAUCGGGCAACAAACCUCCAAAAAGACACCUACCUUGGCAAAGCAGACUCGUGUUCCUGGUGAAACCUCUCUUGAUGAGGUUGUAGAAGUGAUUGAAAUGCCAACAUUCGAGGCCAGCCACGCAGGAGAAGCAGACAUCAGCCAGGUCAAGAUCCCUGAGAAAGUCAUCGCGCAGCUUAAUCGGUGCGUUGCAAGCAUUGCCGCAACUUACAGGACGAACCCUUUUCACAAUUUCGAACAUGCGUGUCACGUCACGAUGGCUGUGGACAAGUUCAUGAAACGCAUUGUUGCGCCUGAUCUCAGGACUACGGGUGUGGAACAGUCACAGUCUGUAUCGGCUAUGCUUCACGAGUACACGCAUGGUAUCACGUCAGACCCCCUACUUCUCUUCGCAAUUGUCUUUUCCGCCUUGAUUCACGACGCCGACCAUAGAGGUGUUUCGAAUACUCAGCUGAUGAAAGAGGAUCCCGCCCUUGGCGUCACGUACAAGGGAAAGUCAAUUGCUGAACAGAACAGUCUUGAUAUCGCUUGGGACAUCCUCAUGCGGGAUGAAUUUGUGGACCUUCAAGCGUGCAUCUUUGGUGGCAGCGAAAGCGAGAUGAAGAGGUUUAGACAAGUCAUUGUGAACGUCGUGCUUGCUACGGAUAUCUUUGAUAAGGAGCUCAAUGACCUCCGAAAGGGACGCUGGGCAAGGGCUUUCAGCAACGAGAAGCAACAGGAUGAGCAACACAAUGACUUGCGUGCCACAAUCGUCAUUGAGCACAUCAUCCAGGCAUCGGAUGUGUCUCACACUAUGCAGCACUGGCACGUCUACAGAAAAUGGAAUCAGCACCUCUUUCACGAAAUGCGGCUUGCCUACCAGGAGGGUCGAAUGGGAGCCGAUCCUGCAAGUUUCUGGUUCAAGGGCGAGCUAGGCUUUUUCGACAAUUACAUUAUUCCAUUGGCCAAGAAGCUAAAGGAAUGCAAUGUUUUUGGAGUAUCCAGUGACGAGUGUCUGGUGUAUGCAAUGCAGAAUCGGAGCGAAUGGGAGCAACGUGGUGAAGGAAUUGUUGAAGAGAUGCUUCAGGAAACGUAUGAACAGUGUUUAGGUGAUGGUUUUGAGGAUGAAGGCCUGGAUACGAUCCUGGAGUAGGCCGAAUGGAGAACGAACUGUGUGAUAAUUGCAAGCCAUCAAUAUUACACACCCCGAACUCUUCUGUACCGGAAGAAGAAGAACAGAAGUCUCAUUGAAUGAAUGAUUCAAAUUUCUUGGCACCCCCUUUCACAUGGCACUAGCUAGCAAACCACAAGAAGAAUAUUUGGAAUAAUGAAUCAGAAUUUACAUACGAGUAUGAUCGUGUGCAUAUGAUCUGUUGCAA